GGCCAGACUGGAGAUUCUGGAAAAUUUCUCGCGCAGCCGCAGAGCGCUUUCCAAGGCUUCCUUUCUCAGCCUUCUUUACACCGCUUCUUUCCGAGCAAAAGAGGAAUCAUUUCACGGACUAGAUUUGAUACCAAAGUCCGAUUGGAGCUCGGAAUAUCCACACCACGCAGCUUCUUCGUAACCCGGCGUCUCCAAGCUGGUGAGCAAGCAAAGGGGAGCAAGAAAGAUGCGGGAGGGCGCUGCUGAGAGGCGUCAGGGGCAGAGGCGGCCAAUGCUCCUUCCCUUCCUGCUGCCUUUGUUCUGCCCCGCGCUCUCUGAGCAGAUCCGCUACAAGAUCCCCGAGGAAAUGCCCACCGGCUCGGUAGUGGGGAACCUCGCCAAGGACCUGGGCUUCAGUGUCCAGGAGUUACCGACGCGAAAGCUACACAUCAGUUCCGAGAAACCUUACUUCAGUGUGAGCUCAGAGAGCGGAGAGUUGCUAGUGAGCAGCAGGCUGGACAGGGAGCAGAUAUGCGGGAAGAAGCUGGUGUGUGCUCUGGAAUUUGAGGCUGUUGCUGAAAAUCCACUGAACUUUUAUCACUUGAGUGUGGAGCUGGAGGACAUUAAUGACCACACGCCAAAAUUCGCGCACACAUCCUUUGAAUUGCAAAUAAGUGAGUCCUCAAAACCAGGGACAAGAUUUAUCUUAGGAUCCGCCCAUGAUGCAGAUAUAGGAACCAAUUCUCUGCAGAAUUACCAGCUUAGUCCCAAUGAUCAUUUUUCACUGGUGAAUAAAGAGAAAUCAGACGGUAGUAAGUACCCUGAAAUGAUAUUAAAGACAGCUCUAGACCGGGAAAAGCAGAAAUUCUACCACUUGACUCUGACUGCUUUGGACUUUGGGCAUCCACCCCUCAACAGCACUGCACAGAUACAGGUCCUAGUGACCGAUGCCAAUGAUAACCCUCCAGUGUUCAGCCAGGACAUAUACAGGGUGAGCCUUCCAGAAAACGUGUACCCAGGAACCACCGUGCUUCGAGUGGUAGCCACAGACCAAGACGAGGGUGUCAACUCCGAGAUCACGUUCUCUUUCAGCGAAGCUGGCCAGAUUACCCAAUUUAACCUGGAUUCUAAUACCGGAGAAAUUACUACUCUGCAUACAUUAGAUUUCGAGGAAGUCAAAGAAUAUUCCCUUGUUUUGGAAGCAAAGGACGGUGGGGGGAUGAUUGCGCAAUGUACAGUGGAAAUAGAAGUCCUAGAUGAGAACGACAAUGUCCCUGAAGUGUUAUUCCAAUCUCUUCCUGAUCUCAUAAUGGAGGAUGCUGAGCCAGGGACAUACAUCGCUCUGCUUAAAACCCGUGACAAAGAUUCUGGACGCAAUGGAGAAGUUAUAUGUAAAUUAGAAGGCGGUGCUCCGUUUAAAAUACUCACUUCUUCAGGAAACACAUAUAAAUUAGUGACGGAUGGAAUUCUAGAUCGUGAGCAGAACCCGGAAUACAACAUUACUAUCAGAGCUACUGACAAGGGUGACCCGCCUCUCUCUUCCAGCUCAAGUGUCACCUUGCGUAUAGGUGAUGUGAACGAUAACGCUCCAGUUUUCACGAAGGUUUCAUACCUGGUCCAUGUUGCGGAAAACAAUCCGCCUGGAGCCUCCAUCGCUCAAGUCAGCGCCUCCGACCCGGAUUUGGGAUCCAAUAGCCAGGUUUCCUAUUACAUCAUAGCCAGCGACCUGGAGCCUGAAUCUCUGUGGUCCUACGUGACCAUAAACACACAAAGCGGAGUGGUGUUCGCGCAGCGCUCCUUUGACCACGAGCAGCUGCGCUCCUUCCANCUGACACUGCAGGCGCGCGACCACGGAUCGCCCNCGCUCAGNGCCAACGUGAGCAUGCGCGUGCUGGUGGGCGACCGCAACGACAACGCGCCACGCGUGCUGUAUCCCACGCUUGAGCCCGACGGCUCUGCGCUCUUCGACAUGGUGCCACGCGCUGCCGAGCCCGGAUACCUGGUCACCAAGGUGGUGGCGGUGGACGCAGACUCAGGACACAAUGCCUGGCUGUCUUACCACGUGCUGCAGGCCAGCGACCCCGGGCUCUUCAGCCUGGGACUGCGCACAGGCGAGGUGCGCACAGCGCGUGCCCUGGGAGAUAGGGACUCAGCGCGGCAGCGCCUUCUGGUCGCUGUGCGUGAUGGUGGACAGCCACCGCUCUCGGCUACAGCCACGCUGCACCUGAUCUUUGCUGACAGCCUACAGGAGGUCCUACCAGACCUCAGUGAUGACCCUUUGCCCUCAGACCCUCAAUCCGAGCUGCAGUUCUAUUUGGUGGUGGCCUUGGCCUUAAUUUCUGUGCUUUUCCUCCUGGCUGUGAUUCUAGCCAUUGCACUUCGACUACGACACUCCUCUAUCAGGAAGGCAUGGGGCUGCUUUCAGUCGGAAGUGGUGGUUCCCCCCAACUACAGUGAGGGGACUUUGCCGUAUUCCUACAACCUGUGUGCUGCAGAGUUUAACUCCCUAACAUGUAAUGAUCAGUUGAAAUCAGGACAAGAUCUACUAUUUGCAGAUUCGGCAGGGGCCUUGUUUCCACUUUGUAAUUCCAAUGAGUCAACCUCCCAUCAGAUUUCGGAGGAUUCCCCUUCCGGAACUGUUGUGGCCCUCUUCAAGGUACGGGAUCGAGAUUCUGGGGAAAACGCAGAAGUCAUGUGCAGUUUAAGCGGAAACAAUCCAUUUAAGAUUCAUUCUUCUUCCAACAAUUACUACAAGUUAGUAACAGACAGCAUCCUAGACCGGGAACAGAUCCCAGGGUACAACGUUACUAUCACAGCCACAGAUAGGGGCAAGCCACCCCUUUCCUCAGGCACAACCAUCACUCUGAACGUCGCUGACGUCAACGACAAUGCACCUGUUUUCCAACAGCAGACCUACCUGAUAAACGUACCAGAAAACAACCAGCCCGGUACCUCCAUAACCCAAAUCAAAGCAUGGGAUCCAGAUGUGGGAUCUAAUGGCCUCGUCUCCUACUCCAUCAUAGCCAGCGACCUAGAACCAAAAGCGCUGUCGUCCUUCGUGUCCGUGAACCAGGACAGUGGAGUAGUGUACGCGCAGCGCGCCUUUGACCACGAGCAACUGCGCUCCUUCCAGCUGACUUUACAAGCGCGCGACCAGGGAUCGCCUGCGCUCAGCGCCAACGUAAGCGUGCGCGUGCUGGUGGGCGAUCGCAACGACAACGCGCCACGCGUGCUGUAUCCCGCGCUCGAGCCCGACGGCUCUGCGCUCUUCGACAUGGUGCCACGCGCUGCCGAGCCCGGAUACCUGGUCACCAAAGUGGUGGCUGUGGACGCAGACGCAGGGCAUAAUGCCUGGCUGUCUUACCACGUGCUGCAGGCCAGCGAUCCCGGGCUCUUCAGCCUGGGGCUGCGCACAGGGGAGGUGCGCACAGCGCGUGCCUUGGGCGACAAGGAUGCAGCUCGUCAGCGCCUUCUGGUCGCUGUGCGUGAUGGUGGACAGCCACCGCUGUCUGCCACUGCUACACUGCUCCUAGUUUUUGCAGACAGCCUACAAGAAGCGUUGCCAGACCUCGUCGAUCAUCCCAUUCCCUCCGACCCUCAGAGUGAGCUUCAGUUUUACCUGGUGGUGGCCUUGGCCCUGAUCUCAGUGCUUUUCCUUCUCGCAGUAAUUUUCGCCAUUGCUUUGCGCCUGCGACAGUCUUCCAGCCCUUCAUCCACUGGUUGCUUUGGGUCGGUUCUUGGUUCCAAGUCUAGACCAGUACUUCCACCCAACUACAGCGAGGGAACAUUGCCCUAUGCCUAUAAUCUGUGCGUGCCAGGAGAUCAACUUAAACCAGAAUUUAAUUUCUUCACAUCCGUUGGAGAUUGUCCAGCCGCACAAGAUAUUCUCAACAAAGAUAGCUCCUCAGCACUGUUGGCUAGUAUUUUAACUCCUGGUGUUGAAGCCGACGAGAAGACCUUUAACCAGCAAGCCCCGCCCAACACUGACUGGCGUUUCUCUCAAGCCCAGAGGCCCGGCACGAGCGGAUCCCAAAAUGGUGAUGAAACUGGCACCUGGCCCAACAACCAGUUUGAUACAGAGAUGCUGCAAGCCAUGAUCUUGGCUUCUGCCAGCGAAGCCGCCGAUGGGAGCUCUACCCUGGGAGGGGGCGCUGGCACCAUGGGUCUGAGCGCUCGAUACGGACCCCAGUUUACCCUGCAGCACGUGCCUGACUACCGCCAGAACGUGUACAUCCCUGGCAGCAAUGCCACGCUGACCAAUGCCGCCGGCAAACGAGAUGGCAAGGCUCCUGCGGGUGGUAACGGCAACAAGAAGAAGUCGGGCAAGAAAGAGAAGAAGUAAUAUGGAGGCCAGGCCUUGAGCCACAAGGCAGCCUCCCUCCCCAGCCAGUCCAGCUCCUCCUUACUUGUACCCAGGCCUCAGAAUUUCAGGGCUCACCCCAGGAUACUGGUAGGAGCCAUGGCCAUGCUCCCCGUUGGGAAACAGAAACAAGUGCCCAAGCCAACACCCCUCUCUAUACCCUAGGGGGUUGAAUAUGCAAAGAGAGUUCUGCUGGGACCCCCCUAGCCAAUCAGUGAUUGUACCCACAUGGGUAGCAGGGUUUGUGUGUGUGGCACACACACAAAAACCAUGCCACACUCCCUUAGUUACAGCUGAACUCCUCCAUCUUCCAACCCAGGCAGGCUCACCCAUCUCCUGCCUCCCUCUCCCCACCCCACCCACUCCUUCAGUCCCUCUCUUUGAGCAAGGUAGCUGGGCUGUUGGGGUGACCGGUGAGCUAAGCCGGCUCCUAGUUCUGAACGGUAGGGAGGGUAUUACAAUCUUUUAGCCUCUCCUUCAGUUCAGCUUUCCCCCAAAGCAUGGUUUGGUACCAGUCUUCUCAUUUCCUUCCAGAGCCUGAGACCAAUGCUUAAGUUUUGGGGGAACAGUCACCCUCCCUCUGGUACUGAUGAGAUGAUGCUUGCUGGAUUUUGGGAAGGCAUUUUGCUACUAAGCCUCUUUUCAAUGCCUGGGGACUACUCGUCUUUUGUUUUUCAUUGUUUGAUGUUCCCACUGCAUGCUGUGACUUCCCUACACCUCAAACAAGAGACUCCUUUGCAUGUCUGGAGACAGUAGGGGGUGGUAAACUAAAGGGAAGUUGAGUGUAUUCUGCUGGGAGUGGGGCAGUGGACAAAACAGCCUGUUAAUAGGGUCUUGCAAGGGGCUCUGUAUGUACCCAGGGGACUGGCUCAGUCCUCACAUUCUAGCCAUAGACAAACACCAGGCCAGACCCCUCCAUCCUGGUUCAGCCUGGGCAGCUUGGGCUGAGCCACCAGGACCAAUNGAUUUAAGCUGACAUUUCAGUCCAAGAAGACGACUUCUAAAUGAGUUUAAGAGCAGAGAGGAAAGAGGGGCCUCUGUGGGUGCUGGNUACUCCAGAGGUGCCCUUGGUAGGGGGACCAGUGGUCUUAGCAGGAAGGGAGGCCCAGCAAGGUCAUUCUUGGACCCUGGGUCUAGUCCAGUAGCUAGAAAAAGGGACCAAGUGGCCAUAAAGUCCCAGCCAAUGAUGGGGCUUUUCCACUGGGCCCCUGUAGUCCUCAAGCCCCUGGCCUCCACCUUACCAGGUGCCAUUUCUUCUCAGAAGGCCACUGCCCAGGCCCCCAGGCCGCCCCCUAGUGGCCAGAGAACGGUUAAAGCCCCCCAGUGCCUCCUUGUGCAUAGAACUUCCUCUGCCCUAGCCCUUACAGUAGUGUAGAAGCCCCUUCCCCUCUCCCCCCACCUUCCCGCUGGUGUAGAAUAGCCAAUAGUAUAGUGUGGUGUGCUUUUACGUGAUGGCGAGUGGGCAGCGGGCGGUGGGCUGUGCACAGCCGUCUGUCCUUUGAAUCUCAAUCUGCCUGCGCGGCCCGUGCUGUGUUUUGUGCUGUGUCCACACGCUGCGGCGACCCCUCCCUGUACUGACUUCUCUAUAAAAAGCUUCUCUUCGCAUAGUCACGUAGCUCCUGCCCAUCCCCCUUCCGAUAUCUCUCGCAAGUUUUAUACUCUAAUAUUUAUAUGGCUUUUUUCUUCGAAAAUUAAAAAUAAAAAAUGGUUUCUUCUGAAAA